AUGCUUGGUAACGUGUCCACAAUACCAUGUUGUACAAUCUGCGUUGAAAAGAAACUCCAAGCAGAGGUUGAACCGGAAGAAACGAGAAGCAAAGAAAAACACGCAAACGUGGAAGUAAAACUGAACGCAAGCUGUUCUUGUUUCAAAACAUGCUUUUCUGGUAACAGUAGUAACGGACAAGUUAUUUGCAUUUGGAAGGAAAGAAAGAAUGGUGGAAACAUCGGUGUUAACGAUACUACCACGUCAACCGAUCACGACAACGACAACGACAACGACAACGACAACGACAACGACAACGACAACGACAACAACGAUGAUGAUGAUGAUAACGAUUCGUGGAAAAAUGAGACACAUCGGUGGCAUUGCGAGACCGUCUUCAGUUCAUUAAAGUUUUGGGGUGCAAACAUUGUGAUAUUCGCGAAUGCUAUUUAUAUUAUUCCAUACGCGGUAGUUGUGCUGAUUUAUUUCGUUGUGCCAGGCUUGAGCGCACGUGCGUAUAACAAAGCCGUAAUAUCUUACAAUGUCUCGCAAAUCAUUUUGAAUGGAAUUCUAAUUGGUAUGGGUGUUUGUGUUCUGUGUCACACGACGAUAUAUCCUAAUGUUUAUAUAUAUCUAGGAUUAGCAAUAAUGUAUUUAACAAUCUCUUCGACAUUUUGGCUUCUCGUUAUUUGUAUCGACAUGACGUUGGUGAUCACAAGAUUUCGUUGGGCGUCACUCGAAUCGAACUGUCAGCACGAGAGAGGAAAAUUUUUCACGUAUGCCAUGUGGACGUGGGGAGGAUCGUUAUUGCCGACGACAUUGGCUUGCGUCGCAGAACUAUCUCCGCUUUUGCCUAAAUCGUCUCCGAUCAGACCAAAUUUCGAAAAAUUCCAAGACGGCGCAAAUCUGGCAGUUAUAUUGUACGUCGCGAGUUUUCCAGCUCUGGCCUGUCUCGCGAACACUGUUCUCUUCUGUUACACGUCGUAUAAAAUGUACCUGAUACAGAGGUCGACAACGCUGGCGACCGCAAGUAGUACGUUAAAAGUGAAUACGGCCAGAAAGCGGUAUUUUCUUUUCCUCAGGCUAUAUUUGUUGAUGGAUGCACCGUGGAUUACGAGCGCGCUCGCUGCUGCUUUUACCGAUCUUUGGGUGUUGAAAUUUUUACGAAUGCUUCAACCGAUACUCAUGUUAGUAGCUAUAUUGCCUCCGCGAACGAUCACACGAUCACGUAUUCUCGCUUGCAGCCGGCUGCGUCGCAAAUCGCAGAUUCCCGCAUAA